ACCGGGAGAAACGCUGUCUCCAGAGUGUCCCGACUAGUGGUUUUCAGUGUCGAAAACACAACACCAAGUGGACAUCUAUCCGGUCAGCUGUUUUGAGAGUCAAACUCGGAAUCAUUUAAAAAAAGAUCACAAGGAUAUCAUCAUCAACAACAGUAGGAUUCAACGUAAACCAUAGAUAGACUCGUUACACAAAUUGCUACCUUGUUACCCUCCUGUUCCCAGCUUUUAGUUAGCACGAAUCAGCCAGCUCAUUACAAUGGGAUCCAGAGCGUCAACGUUACUGAGAGAGGAGGAGAUUGAAGAAAUUAAAAAAGAGACCGGCUUUUCCCACAGCCAGAUCACCCGGCUCUACAGUCGCUUUACCAGCUUGGACAAAGGAGAGAACGGAACACUCAGUCGGGAGGAUUUCCAACGGAUCCCAGAGUUGGCCAUCAAUCCUCUGGGAGACAGAAUCAUCAAUGCCUUCUUUCCUGAGGGGGAGGACCAGGUCAACUUCAGGGGCUUCAUGAGGACGCUUGCUCACUUCCGUCCCAUAGAAGACAACGAGAAGAACAAGGACCCCACUGCCUCCGAGCCGCUCAACAGCAGGAGCAAUAAACUGCUCUUUGCUUUCAGGCUGUACGACCUGGACAGAGAUGAUAAGAUCUCCCGUGACGAGCUGCUACAGGUUCUCAGGAUGAUGGUUGGUGUGAACAUCUCUGACGAGCAGCUGGGCAGCAUCGCUGAUAGAACCAUCCAGGAGGCCGACCAGAACGGAGACAAUUCCAUUUCCUUUAAUGAGUUCAUCAAGGUACUGGAGAAGGUGGACGUGGAACAGAAGAUGAGCAUCCGCUUCCUGCACUGAGACACUAAUGGGCUUCCUGACAGGACUGUCUCUGAUUGGACCCCAUUCUGACAGGACUGUCUCCGAUUGGCUGGACCCUCCACCUUCACAAUGCCUGUUGGACCAAGACCCAAGCUAUGUCCCAACUGGCACCCUAUUCCCUAUGUAGUGCACUACUUUUGACCAGUACCCAUAGGGCUCUGUUAUGUAGUGCACUACUUUUGACCAGUGCCUAUAGGGCUCUGUUAUGUAGUGCACUACUUUUGACUAGUGCCCAUAGGGCUCUGUUAUGUAGUGCACUACUUUUGACUAGUGCCCAUAGGGCUCUGUUAUGUAGCGCACUACUUUUGACUAGUGCCCAUAGGGCUCUGUUAUGUAGUGCACUACUUUUGACUAGUGCCCAUAGGGCUCUGUUAUGUAGUGCACUACUUUUGACUAGUGCCCAUAGGGCUCUGUUAUGUAGUGCACUCAUUUUGUUUAGGUCCCAAGUCAAAAGUAGUGCACUAUACAUAGCAAAUAGGAUGCCGUUUUGGACGUAGCCUCACACCCAUCUCAACACUAUGCACUCGCUCUCUCUGACCCCUCCAGUACUAUGCUCUCUCUCUCUGACCCCUCCUCCAGUACUAUGCCCUCUCUCUCUGACUCCUCCUCCAGUUCUACGCUCUCUCUCUGACUCCUCCUCCAGUACUACGCUCUCUCUCUGACUCCUCCUCCAGUACUACGCUCUCUCUCUGACUCCUCCUCCAGUACUACGCUCUCUCUCUGACUCCUCCUCCAGUACUACGCUCUCUCUCUCUGACUCCUCCAGUACUACGCUCUCUCUCUCUCUGACUCCUCCUCCAGUACUACGCUCUCUCUCUGACUCCUCCUCCAGUACUACGCUCUCUCUCUGACCCCUCCUCCAGUUCUACGCUCUCUCUCUGACUCCUCCUCCAGUACUAUGCUCUCUCUCUCUGACUCCUCCAGUAAUAUGCUCUCUCUCUGACUCCUCCAGUACUAUGCUCUCUCUCUGACUCCUCCAGUACUAUGCUCUCUCUCUGACUCCUCCAGUACUAUGCUCUCUCUCUGACUCCUCCAGUACUACGCUCUCACUCUGACCCCUCCUCCAGUACUAUGCUCUCUCUCUCUGACUCCUCCAGUAAUACGCUCUCUCUCUGACUCCUCCAGUACUACGCUCUCUCUCUGACUCCUCCAGUACUAUGCUCUCUCUCUGACUCCUCCAGUACUACGCUCUCUCUCUGACUCCUCCUCCAGUACUAUGCUCUCUCUCUCUGACUCCUCCAGUACUAUGCUCUCUCUCUGACUCCUCCAGUACUACGCUCUCUCUCUGACUCCUCCUCCAGUACUAUGCUCUCUCUCUCUGACUCCUCCAGUACUAUGCUCUCUCUCUCUGACUCCUCCAGUACUAUGCUCUCUCUCUGACUCCUCCAGUACUACGCUCUCUCUCUGACUCCUCCUCCAGUACUAUGCUCUCUCUCUCUGACUCCUCCAGUAAUAUGCUCUCUCUCUCUGACUCCUCCUCCAGUACUAUGCUCUCUCUCUCUGACUCCUCCAGUACUAUGCUCUCUCUCUCUGACUCCUCCAGUACUAUGCUCUCUCUCUCUGACUCCUCCAGUACUAUGCUCUCUCUCUCUGACUCCUCCAGUACUAUGCUCUCUCUCUCUGACUCCUCCAGUACUAUGCUCUCUCUCUGACUCCUCCAGUACUACGCUCUCUCUCUGACUCCUCCUCCAGUACUAUGCUCUCUCUCUCUGACUCCUCUAGUACUAUGCUCUCUCUCUGACCCCUCCUCCUAUUCUGUCUCUCUCUCUGACCCCUCCUCCUAUUCUGUCUCUCUCUCUGACCCCUCCUCCAGUACUAUUAUCUCUCUCUGACCCCUCCUCCUAUUCUGUCUCUCUCUCUGACCCCUCCUCCAGUACUAUUAUCUCUCUCUGACCCCUCCUCCUAUUCUGUCUCUCUCUCUGACCCCUCCUCCAGUACUAUGCUCUCUCUCUGACCCCUCCUCCAGUACUAUUAUCUCCCUCUGACCCCUCCUCCUAUUCUGUCUCUCUCUCUCUGACCCCUCCUCCUAUUCUCUCUCUCUCUGACCCCUCCUCCUAUUCUGUCUCUCUCUCUGACCCCUCCUCCUAUUCUCUCUCUCUGACCCCUCCUCCUAUUCUGUCUCUCUUUCUGACCCCUCCUCCAGUACUAUUAUCUCUCUCUGACCCCUCCUCCUAUUCUGUCUCUCUUUCUGACCCCUCCUCCAGGACUAUUAUCUCUCUGACUCCUCCUCCAGUACUAUUAUCUCCCUCUGACCCCUCCUCUAGUACUAUUAUCUCUCUCUGACCCCUCCUCCUAUUCUGUCUCUGACUCCUCCUCCAGUACUAUUAUCUCUCUCUGAUCCCUCCUCCAGUACUAUUAUCUCUCUCUGAUCCCUCCUCCAGUACUAUUAUCUCUCUCUGACCCCUCCUCCUAUUCUGUCUCUCUUUCUGACCCCUCCUCCAGUACUAUUAUCUCUCUGACCAAGGAUUUGGUAGAACAGAUAGCGUCGUUGUAGUUUUUAAAUUAUUUCUGCUCUGUAAACUAAAGGGAAUACAUGCGUGCCUUGGGAUGUUUUAUGUUGACUCUACCACGUCUCUCAGAGAUGGAACCUUGUUUAUUGUUUAGACCGGGUCAAGGUUGAACUAGAUCUCAAUGUUUAUUAUCAAGGCUCUCUGUGUUACAACACCUUCAUGACGUAAGACAUAUGAAACAUGUGUAAAAGGCAUGUUUGGUGUCGUUCCAUGGAAGGUGGGCGGCAGGGUAGCCUAGUGGUUAGAGCAUUGGACUAGUAACCGAAAGGUUGCAAGUUCAAAUCCCCGAGCUGACAAGGUACAAAAAUCUGUCGUUCUGCCCCUGAACAGGCAGUUAACCCACUGUUCCAAGGCCGUCAUUGAAAAUAAGAAUUUGUUCUUAACUGACUUGCCUAGUAAAAUAAAAAGGUGUAGCUUUAUUGUGAUGAUCGCCGGGGCAGAAAAGGCCAAAUCUAUCCUCUUUUAUUUAAGAUAACGUUUUAUAUAUAAAAGUGUUUUUGCUUGCUUUGUUAGUAUGAACAUGCAGAUGUAAAAGAUAUGUCCAUUUCUCUCUUCAGGUGCGAUGUGUUCUUGCUAACGAGGAAUGAUGUGCCUUCGUUUCUCCCUGAGCAACAACUUGUUUCCCAAACUCACCCCCCUCCCCUCUUGGGUGCAUGUUCUGUUUUUUUGCCCUAGCUGCACUACACAACUGAUUUCAAAUAACCAACUCCUUAUCAGGCUAUGAUUACUUGAAUCAGCGCUGUAGUGCAGCUAGGAUGACAAACAAAAUGUGCAUCCGAGGGGGGGGGGCAGGAUCUGACUUUGGGGAACCCUGCUCGAGAUAAAGUCUGUGCUCCAAAUGCCACCCUAUUCCCUUCAUAGUGCACUACUUUAGACCAGAGCCCUAUUCCCUUCAUAGUGCCCUCCUUUUGACCAGAGCCCUAUUCCCUUCAUAGUGCCCUCCGUUUGACCAGAGCCCUAUUGAGUGAAUCUUGGCUAUUUGGGACUCAGUCUAAGCUUCCUCAGUGUUUGUUAAAGAGGCCACGCUAGUAUUGUCAGACACUAUUUUGCAACAACCCUUUUUUUUAUUUUAUUUUUACCCACUUUAGUGCCAUAGUGUUGGUCUCACAUCCUUCAAUAUCAUCAGGGUUAAAUGGGAACUAAGUUAUCAUGUUGUUUUGGUUUUCUUACGGGUCCACCUGCCUAGCUACAGCCAGUCAACCCUUAGAGUCCCAACUGAUGCAUUGUGUCCUAUAUAGUGCACUACUUUGAACCAGAGCUCUAUGGUCCUUGAUUAAAAGUAGUGCUCUGUGUAGGCCAUUUAUAAUGGAAAAAAAGCCUUAUGUAUUGGCCCUGGUCAAAAGUAUUGCCCUACAGAGAAUCGAGUGCCAUUUGAGAGGCAGCCCUUGUGACAGUCCUGACCCUAGCUGGUCUCAUGACCUGCCUCAGACAGUCCUGACCCUAGCUGGUCUCAUGACUCUAGUCUAGUGUAACACAAACCUCCAUGAUCAAAAUAAGAUUUAAGUCAUUGUGAAUCAACCAAGAGAGACAUUGUAACCUAAUAUAUUUAAGAUUCAUACCACUGUUCCAUGUUUUUAUUGGUGAUUUAUCAUCAGGUUAGACAGGUACUUUUUGAUGGAGAAGUGAAAAAGCAUUCUAAUGUAUGUAUUUGAACCAGAAAUGCCAAAUGUAUGACAGUACCAGCGUUCAUUUAGCUAUAUGUGAUUGUGUACACAGGAUGUUUGGUCAAAUUUGAGCAUGUUUAUAAUAUACCUGGCGUAAUAGUGGAAUGACAGUGUUGAGCCUUUUUGUUGUUGUUUUGUUUUGGUACACCAGCUUCAAACAGCUGUAAAAAAAAAAAAAAAAAAAAAACUAUAUUGUUUUGUUAUUGAAGAAAUAUUUCACAGCGAUUUCUAGACGGUAUAAUGAUUCCCUACGCUAUUCAGUGCUUGUUUUUGCACAAAACGAAAGUUGAGCGAACAGUGUAGAAUAUUAGCAACCAGGAAAAGAGAAGGAUUUCUAUUAGAUGACAGCCGGAGACAGAAUAGAACAACGGAUGCCGAGAAAUCAAUAGGCCAAUAUCCACCAUUGUUGUGAUUGGCUGUCAUAAGUAACACUGGUGAAACGCUUCUAUUAGCGACAGCUAUAUUAUGGAAAUUUUCUGAAAAUACUACAUUCCUGUGUAGCACUUUUUAGGUUCACCAGAUCCUUGAUGCUGGACGUAGAGAUUGAUUAAUAUAACUAAUUGAUUAUAAAUAAUGUGACCAAUCAAGCAUAACUCAAAUGUACGAUAUAUUUAUAAAAUAAUUUAUCCUGUGAAAUGUUAGAAUUGUAAAAAAUUAUUUGAUUGAAAUAAAACAGGUGCCAUGCUUGCUCAAA